ACAGCCCAUUUUUUCUGGUUCCCGGUAGUCAUCAACAAAAAUGCUGGUUCAGGAACUCACCAAUAGGAAUAAACAAAAUCUAUUCCAUCAUGAAAGAAAUGAAGGAAGAUGCAGGGAUUGAAGCCCCACGCAUAACCCCAUAUAGUGCAAGGAAACGUCUUAUUCAAAAGCUGUCUGAUGAUGGCGUGCCAGCCAAUCAAAUUGUUCAAAUAUCCGGCCACAAGAAUGUCAACAGUCUGAAUAAUUACAGUAAACUGAACAAUGCUCAAUGUAAAAAUAUUUCAAAUAUUCUAUCUGAUAGGCCAUCAACAUCAUAUCAGUCUGUAGCUCCAUGCAAUUCAGCACUUGAUACCAACACCCCACCCACAACAUUUAAUGGAAAGAGUGAAGGUGCUGCAUCUAGAGGUUUCUUCAUUAAUAGCCAUUUCCAUGGAAAUGUCACAUUUAAUUUUCAUUCCUCUACAACUUCAACACAAAAGCUGUCACAGCAGGUGAUAAAUCCAAGUACUGAAUCAGAAGUUUGCAGCGCUGACAGCUCGCCACUGCACCCAAAAAAAUACCAACGGAUCCGCAUGAUAUCCGACAGUGACAGUGAUUGACUUGAAAUUCACUAAUUAAAUCCAAAGAAGUGCACAAAUUUUGCUCACAGAAGAAUGAAAACAUUUACUGAAUUAACUGAGAUUGUUUAAACUCGUUUUAGCGUCACAUGUACUUGACCAACAUGGCCGCUCUUGUUAUGAAUGAAUUUUACAUGUAUUGAAAACUUGAAUUAAUCCGCUUUCAUAUUUAUCGUAAAUAUGUUUAAAGUGUAUUUGAUUUUGUUACGAAUGAAAAGAAUAAAUGAAUUACAUGUUUUAAAUGUGUAUUGGGUUCAUUACAAUGGCAAUUAUGCCGUAAAAAUAAAGGAAAAAAUAUAUGCACUAUUUCAUGUGCGGAGUUACAAAUUUGGCAAAUAACGUUCUCCUUGAACAGGGGCUCCCCACGGGGUAUGUAUUAAUGAUGCGCACGGGUAAAAUAUAAAAACAUGGCAAUUUUGGUUAAAGUAAGCAUAAAAUAAAAAGAAAAUUUGUUUAUUUCUGUGAAAGAUUAUAAUUUAUUUCAUCUCGUGAACGCCAUAUGUCCAUAUUUUCACUCGUGGCUGCGCCACUCGUGAAAAUAUGGACAUGGCGCUCACUCGAUGAAAUAAAUUAUAAUCUUCCACAGAAAUAAACAAAU